AUGGUAACCAACAUGGCCACCACGCGCGAACGCGACGUCGAAACCGAAACCGAAACCGAAACUACCUUCCACCCAGCACGCAUAACUCCCCAAACCUUCCAAACACUCCUAGACCGCUACAGCACCACAGCCCGGAAUGUCCAACGCCGCAAAGCAAUGCUAAAACAGCAGCCGAAGGAUUCCAAGAAGCGCAAGACUAGCUCCCCGCCUCUCACUAAAACGAACUUUGAUCCCGCCGAGGAACGCAGUAUACAAGAUGAAGUGGAGAAGUAUCUCGAUCUUGACCGAAUGCGCUACGAGACGUUGCCAGGAACAGUCUGGCGGAGGGAGGACGAAGAAGGCCAAGGCCAAGGCCCGCGUUUCACUAAGGAGGAACUAGUCCGGAUAAUGGAGUGGAAGACCAAACACGGUCGUCCCCGGCCCGCCCUCCUCGGAAUGAUAAGGUCCAAUCCGGAGAAAUUGGCGCUGAAAUGUACAUCGGCGGCCAUGGCGGCCUUGCCCGUUGCCCACAGCACCACAGAGGAUGAGGAUGAAGAUGAUGACUUUCCCAAACAAAGUAUGGACGACCUAAGUCCCCUCCGUGGUGUCGGACCCGCGACCGCAUCCUUGAUUCUGUCUAUCGCGACUACGGGCGAAUCCGAUCGCGUUCAGGUCCCGUUCUUCAGUGAUGACACUUAUCUCUGGCUCUGUGUUGGGGAAUAUCCCGAGUCAACCGCGUCCUCGGAGACGGUGCGGGUUAUUCGUGGUGGGAGUGGUGGGAGCGGCAAGGGUCCUGGUUCGAAGUUCGUGAAGCCGAAUGGCGAGUUGAGUCUGAAGUAUAAUGUUGCAGAGUAUCGGGAGCUUUGGAAGGCUUGUGUGGAGUUGCGGGAGAGGUUUGCUGGUGCUGGUGCCGGAGACACGGUCUCCAUGGUCGAUAUUGAGAAAGUCGCCUACGUGCUGAGGAAUAUCGCUGUCUCGGGGUUCUACGCUGAUAUUGAUGUGCAGGAGGUUCUCCACAUGACGGUUGAGCAGGCGGAUGCUCUUUCGGCUCGGCUUGCGGGCCGAGAAGACGUGAAGGGAGAAUGUGAGGGUGGUGACGGCGCUCUGUCGCAGGAGGAGAAUAAGAGCGAGAGCGAGGACAAGGACAAGGGCAAGGAUGAAAGGGCUUCGAGGAAGAGCAAGAGGGCUAAGAAGGCUUAG